AUGGUCGUAAUCGACGACAACCACAACGGAUGGCGCCACCUAAUCCUUCCUCUAGCCUGGAUGGACAAAUUGGUUAUGAAAACUGUACUGGCCGUGUCUCCCUUCCACAUUUCCCGCAGAUCUGGUGGUCAAUAUGACCACCAAACGAAGCGGCUAGCCAUCCUGUCAAUAAUUGUCCUGCUUGCUGCGGUCAUGGUCACUGGCUGCUCGGACUUUCCGGUUCUUUUUCAUCUUUUGCAAUCCGCCCUCGAUACGGUUGGUGGUGAGGAUAGGCUGGGGCCGGAUGAGUUGUCCGAGUUUGCGCUGCGGCAGAUUCACAAAAUGCGAGUUUACGCCGCGCCAUUCAUCAGCCAGCAAACCGGCGUAUACACGAUCCUCUCUCAAGCCCCGCAUAGCUUCGACUGCCUCUACUACAGCUCUCGCUUCCAUCCAGAUAAACAUCUUGAGCCUUUCCCCGAGGGAUUUCCCGGUGACCACUCCUUGAUCUGGACAUCAUUCAUCACAGCGUCUGAGAGCUGUUCUCCAGAGGACCAGCAGUUCUUCAAGCAGUUCUUGUUGAAGCAGUAUUAUCGUAAUUGGUUUGGGGAUAUCUUGAAGGGAUUGGAUCUAUUGAAGAGGAUCUGGGCGAGGGAUGUGGAUGUUAAUUGGUCGGCGCUCCUUCCUGAGCCACGAGUUUUUAUCAUGUAA